CCGCCCUCCUCUCCUUCCCCUUUCCCCUCCUCCUCCCACACGCGCGCGCCCGCCUCCUCCUCGCCGCCUCCGAGCUCGCCCGCGCGGCGGCGCCGGGGUUCGGGACCCUCCUCGCAUCCCUCCUCCGCCGCGUGCCCUUCCCCGGCGACGCCCGCCUGCUCGAGCUUUUUACCGAGCACGCCUCCUUCCUCGCCGACGAAGAGCCGCUGCUCGUGCUCCUCGCCUCCGCCGCCUUCGCCUUCCUCCGCCUCCUGGCCAGGAACCGUCUCGCUCCGGCCCCGGGCAGCGCUGAGUGCAAGGACUGCAAAGAGUGCAAGAGCGCCAAGAGCCUCGAAGAAUGCAGGGGAAAGCUGGUGUCUUUCUGCGUCUCCAUGCUGCGGGAUCACUUCCAGGUGUGUGCACUGAUAGGAAGGGACCUUGUGAGGUCGCUCCACGAGCUGGCCCUCGUCCCGGAGUUCCAGCCGCUGUGGAGAGACUUGAUGCCGGACCGUGUCGGUGAUGUCUGCCGGAUGAGCACACCCGGUUGGUGCACGGCCUUGGCCGUCACGGCUGAGAUGGAGACACAGCUCCUGUUCAUGAUGAACAAUGUGAAGUGGGGGGAUUAGAAGAGGUAUCAGCUGUGGUUUGCGAGGAAGCACCUGAUGGUGCCUGGAGGGGAGGAGAGGAUCCCUGACAUUGUGCGGUUCAUAUGCUGCGGGUACCACCCAACGAAUGAGGUCAUGAAUUCUGGUGUUAUUGCCCGCUGGGUGGUCAUAGGCUGGCUGCUGACGGGUUGCAGCAAAGGCUACGUGAUGGCUAAUGCGAAGCUGGCGCUCUUCUAUGACUGGUUGUUUUUUGAGGAGGGGAGGGGUAGUAUCAUGAAUAUCGAGCCUGCAAUGCUCCAGAUGGUGAACUUGGUGCCUCAGUAUGCUGAUAUUUCGAACAUGCUGCUUGAGUUCUUGUUUCUUCUUAUCGAUAACUAUGAUGUGAGGAGGAAGGAUGCAAUUGCUUGCUGUGUGAGGAGUGCAUUCGAGGCAUUGGUGAAGAAACGGGUGAUCCUAUCGUUGGAGCCAUUGACUUGUUGUGAGAAGCUAUCACCAUUGCUGAGGCAGAAGCUUGUGGCCUUUGUAAGUAGUUCCAAUCCUGGGGGCAGCUGAAGAUUCUUGCGGGAAACCAACUGCUGUAGUUUCUAAACAAACAGAGUUGAAGAAGAGUGCUUGCUGAAGCUAGACAUAUUAAUCAAUGGUUCUGUAUGUCAGUCAUGUGUCACAGGAACGAGCUCGGCACCAAUUCUGCAGGGAUAGGCAUCUGAAGAGGAAUCAUGAUGCUCUCGCAAAUGAGAGGAAAGAUGUGAAAAAAAUCAUUGGGGGCAGGAAGAAAAGGGAUGUGGAGUAUGCAGUUAUUCAUCAACGGCUGCCGCUAUAUCUAGCAUGUUGGUUCCUGAUUUACAUCUACAGUGACGCAUAAAACUAAGUUUCACACUAUUGAAGCCAACCUUAUCCACAUUCAACUCAUAUUUCCACCAUAUUCGGGAUGACUGCAAUUUUUUGCUUCUUGUUGCAUGUUUCACAUUAGUCCAGACACGAACAACUGGAGUACAGCAGAAACAUUGUUCUUUGUGCUAAAUUACCGACAUCUGUAAUUGACUAAAGAAGCUGUGAUGACCUAUUGUAUACUACGGUGUAGCAGAUGCUUCCAGCUAUGUGUCCAGAUCCAAGGUUUGCAUGUGUAAGAAAAAGCACCAUACACAGCAUCUUGGUGAUAGUGGAAUUUUUGUUUUGUAUUAGUAUUAUUCAUUUUCUUUUUACAAAAUGGUUCUAUAUGCAGCAGGUGUUUGUAUCGAAAAAAGGUGUUUCUAUAGAUGUCUUUCUCUGAACUAAGGAAGCAGUUAAUUCGAUUUAAUUUUAUGUAAUCUGAAAUCCUUCAGACAGAAUUAUGUGCUUGUAAACAUUCUGCUGCUGUUCAGCUUUUGUGAUUCAAUAGUAAAAUCCCUUUCAUUGUACUUGUUAGUUUGUUUCUUUCCCUUUCAUUGAGAUCAGUAGGUGCCAUGAAGCCAAUCUGAUCUCUGCUAAUAAAGUUUUUUUCCCAACUGGCAGAAUUUUUUUUUCUUCCUUUUACUCUUCAGCAUUUUGAAACUACUUAUACUCUGCAAGAUAUGAUAUUUGUACCUUAUGCCUUCUCCCAGCUGGUUUGUUAAUUUUUGCGGUGUGGUGUUAGGUAAUGUCAGAGCACUUUGCAAGUCCAAGAGAAAAAGGAAAAAGAAAAAGAAAAUGCAUUUUCCUUGGAAAUCAUCAUAAAUCAGGUGUCACCAGAAAUGAUCUUCAAGAAUGAUAUGUUGCUAUAUGGUUGGAAUCCUCCUGGUGGCAUCUUUGGCAGGGAGUUCAAAUUAGUGGCGGAUGUCCCUGCUGCAGCCAGGCCCAAGAAGCAGCAACAUUGUCUCAGGAAGAGAACUAGAAGGAUGUGUGUCACAGAAGGGACCCUGCAUGCAACAACGACUCACAACUGGAGUUUGUUAUCACCAAGACACUGGCUGGAAAAUCUGGUAUUCCCUGGAAUAAAUGACAAGGGGACAAUUCCAAGGAUGCAGUAUAUCACUAUCAGGGCAUCUCCCCGUUGGAAGAGAGGAGAAAAUAUCUGCCAGAGCCAGGACAAAAGAGAGGUUGGCAAAAGAGGAUUGCAUGCAGCAACCAAAGCUCAGCCAUUCAUAUCCGGAAGACUAGUCUCCACCUCACAACUCAUAUCCCUUGUGCAUAACCUUAUAUGUCAGCUGCUGCACUACUUCUCAGCCCCGAAGGAAAGACUGUGUAUCAAAGAGCGGGUAGUGCUUGAUCUCCUUGUUUGCCUUCAGAACCAGAAGCAAUGGCAUCUGCUACUCUCCUCAAGUCAUCUUUCCUUCCCAAGAAGGCCGAAUGGGGUGCCACGCGCCAGGUUGCUGCUCCCAAGCCGGUGACUGUCUCCAUGGUUGUCCGUGCUAGCGCCUAUGCUGAUGAGCUUGUCCAAACCGCGAAAACCAUCGCAUCACCAGGAAGGGGUAUCCUUGCCAUGGAUGAGUCGAACGCUACCUGCGGCAAGAGGCUUGCCUCCAUUGGCCUUGAGAACACCGAGGCCAACCGCCAGGCUUACAGGACCCUCCUCAUCAGUGCUCCAGGCCUGGGACAGUACAUCUCUGGUGCUAUCCUCUUCGAGGAGACCCUCUACCAGUCAACUGUUGAUGGCAAGAAGAUUGUAGACAUUCUUGUUGAGCAGGGAAUCGUGCCCGGUAUCAAGGUCGACAAGGGUCUUGUGCCACUUGCUGGCUCCAACGACGAGUCAUGGUGCCAAGGUCUUGAUGGCCUUGCUUCACGUGAAGCAGCCUACUACCAGGCUGGUGCCCGCUUCGCCAAAUGGCGCACUGUUGUCAGCAUCCCCAACGGUCCAUCUGAACUUGCCGUGAAGGAAGCUGCCUGGGGCCUUGCCCGCUACGCCGCCAUUUCUCAGGAAAACGGCCUGGUGCCAAUUGUGGAGCCUGAAAUCCUUCUUGACGGUGAGCACGGCAUCGAGAGGACCUUCGAGGUCGCACAGAAGGUGUGGGCUGAGACCUUCUACUACAUGGCUGAGAACAAUGUGAUGUUCGAGGGCAUCCUCCUCAAGCCCAGCAUGGUCACCCCUGGUGCUGAGUGUGAGGACAGGGCCACCCCUGAGCAAGUCGCCGACUACACCCUCAAGCUCCUCCACAGAAGGAUCCCUCCUGCCGUCCCUGGCAUCAUGUUCCUGUCUGGUGGGCAGUCUGAGGUUGAGGCGACCAAGAACCUGAACGCCAUGAACCAGGGCCCCAACCCGUGGCAUGUGUCCUUCUCCUACGCCAGGGCUCUCCAGAACACCUGCCUCAAGACAUGGGGCGGCCGGCCCGAGAACGUGAAGGCGGCGCAGGACGCCCUGCUCCUCCGCGCCAAGGCCAACUCCCUGGCGCAGCUCGGCAAGUACACCAGCGACGGCGAGGCUGCCGAGGCCAGCGAGGGCAUGUUCGUCAAGAACUACGUCUACUAAGUAGACGACGAUGCUCGCUGCUAGUACCUGCUACCUCGAGGGCACCGUAGGCAGUGUGCCAUUACAGGUUCAGACAAUGGAAAAAAAUGUACACUGCAGUUUUACUAUCCUAGCUAGGGUGUGCGGAAUGGUUAUUGUAUUUUCGCAUGCUUUUCUAGAGCGUUGUGACCUUGCCUGCCUCUGUAUUUUACCGACAAUCUCGAGUAGCCAAAUCUUUGUGACCUGUGGAUUUGGUUACUGCAAAGUUUUGCAUAUUAUUAUCUCA